CUAAAGCAGCUAUUAAUAUUUGGAAAUCAUUAGGUGGUGAAAAUAAAUUAGCAAAAGUUUUACUUAAUCAGAUGAAAAAUUAUCGUAAAUUUAUGAAACCAUAUAAUAAUUGCUGGGAUAAUGAAACUGAUACACUAAUUAAUUGGUGGCAAUAUUGUGAUGACCAGCCUAAUUAUUUAUCAUGUUUAGCAUUAAAAAUUUUGGCAAUUAUGCCACACAAUGCUGGAUAUGAAAAAACUUUUUCUGUCCUUCAAUAG